GAUGCUGCCAUCCUGACACAGCAAAUAAUUGUAAAGUAACCAAUAGCAGCCGUAGACGUUGGGUUGCACGAUCAAGGUCAAGGGUAAACGUGUAAUUUUCGUGUCUCUGCUGUUCCAAAAAAAAGAAGAAAAGAAAAAUGAGUAAAUACACGAGCAUAUUGAAACGCGAGUUCCCAGCAAUGGACAACGAGCUCAAGGAUUAUGUUGAGGGCGUCCUCACGGGUAGCGUGGACGAUUUCGAGACAUGUGAUGAUAUUUUCGAUGCUGUGGGUGAUAUUUUGCAAAGCAUUGACAUCGAAAAAUCUGAGGAUUGCAUACGGGCCCUUUGCGACGAAUUUUUCACUAUUAUGACUUCAGGCGACACGAAGAACGUGGAGCGCAAGGUGCUGAAUGCGCCUGUCAACAUUGCAGAAAUGGCAAAGAACAUGGAACGUUUAGAUAAAGACAUGCAAAGCAUAUGGGUGGUCAACAAGGACGGUGGUAAUAAAGUUGACUCAAAGAAAUUGGAAAAGGCCGAAGCUAGACUGCAGCAGAAACAGGAAAAGCGGCAGGAAGUCACAAAGCAAGGUGUUGUACCUGUAGCAGUAAAGCUACAAACUGCUACUGCUUCACAGGUGACUAACAAAAAAAAUACAAAAAUGGACCAAAAAGGACUUAAUCGGUCAAUGGAUAUUAAAAUCGAAAACUUCGACUUAGCUUUCGGUGAAAAAGUGCUGCUUCAAAAUGCGAACCUCCUUCUCUCCUUUGGACGUCGAUAUGGCCUAGUGGGUCGGAAUGGUCUGGGAAAGACGACACUUUUGCGAAUGAUAGCUGAACGUCAGUUGCAAAUACCCUCACAUAUAUCCGUGCUGCACGUAGAACAGGAGGUAGUGGGUGAUGAUACGUCUGCGGUAGAAAGUGUUCUGGAAUGCGAUACGGAACGCACGCGUCUGUUAACACGAGAGAAAGAAAUUCUCGCUGCAUUAAACAGCAGUGUGCAAGACGCAUCUCUGAGUGCGGAGUUAAGCGAGACGUAUGCGCAGCUACAGAAUAUUGAAGCUGACAAGGCGGUGGCGCGUGCAUCUGUGAUACUCAAGGGUCUUGGUUUCGAUGCGGACAUGCAGCUGCGACCGACACGCUCGUUUUCGGGCGGAUGGCGUAUGCGUUUAGCGCUGGCCCGAGCUCUCUUUUCUAAGCCCGACUUGCUGCUGCUUGAUGAGCCAACGAACAUGUUGGAUAUCAAGGCCAUUAUUUGGCUGGAGAACUACUUACAGACGUGGCCCACAACUAUUUUGGUUGUUUCUCAUGACCGCAAUUUCCUGGACACAGUUCCAACAGACAUUGUGCAUCUACAUUCCCAAGAACUGGAGGCGUACAAGGGCAACUAUGAGCAGUUUGAAAAGACAAAGACGGAGAAGCUUAAAUCCCAGCGACGUGAGUACGAAGCACAAAUGGCUCAUCGAGCGCACGUUCAGGAAUUUAUAGAUCGUUUUCGCUACAAUGCGAAUCGCGCCUCAUCCGUGCAAUCGAAAAUCAAAAUGCUUGAAAAAUUGCCAGAACUAAAGCCUGUCGAGAAGGAGACUAUUGUCACAUUGAAGUUUCCCGAUGUUGAGCCACUGAACCCACCCGUGCUGGCCAUCUCGGAGGUGUCAUUUCGGUACAACGAAAGUGACCCUCUUCCCAUUUUCAAGGGCGUCAACCUGUCGGCGACUUCUGAUUCACGCAUUUGCAUUGUGGGCGAGAACGGUGCAGGCAAAUCGACGCUUCUUAAGAUUUUAGUCGGCCAGCUGAGUACCAUUCACGGUAAUAUUGUGCUUCACCGUGGCCUUCGCAUCGGCUAUUUUGCCCAACACCAUGUGGACCAUUUAAAUAUGAAUGUAACUUGUGUGGGGGUUCUGGCUGAACUGUUUCCCGGCCGACCAGAUGAGGAGUAUCGCCGGCAACUCGGUAGCUUCGGUAUAUCUGGGCCAUUAGCGCUGCAGAGCAUUGCGAGUUUGUCAGGAGGACAAAAAUCACGCGUAGCUUUAGCAAAGAUGUGCAUGGCGGAGCCAAACUUCCUCGUUCUUGAUGAACCGACCAAUCACUUGGACAUUGAAACAAUUGAUGCGCUGGGCAAAGCCAUUAACGCAUUUAAAGGUGGUGUCAUUUUGGUGUCUCACGACGAACGUCUUAUCAAGGUCGUUUGUAAAGAACUCUGGGUAUGUGGAAAUCGAACUGUCCGUGCCAUCGAGGGUGGCCUGGACGAGUACAAGCGGGAGGUGUACAAGGAAAUUGAAGCAAAUAGUUGAAUUUAAUGAAUUUUAUCAAUUAACUUUUGAACCAAUUUAGCAAUAAAUUAUGUCAUUGACAUUCAUAACUUCUGGCAAA